CAUCAAGAUGUCGCUACAAAAAAUCUUGAAAAAGAUAUUUUAGAACUCAAGAAUGAAAUCAAUAAAAUAAAUGCUGAAUCAGAAUGGAGAGGCGAAAUACUAAGUCAAGGACACACUUCUGUUAGAAGUCAUAGAUCAGAAUAUUCCAAUGAAAUCAAAACAAUUUGGAAUGAAUUUAUAUACGUCUUUGACAAAAGAAGAAAAAAAAAUGGAUAUUCUCAUACUAAAAUGUAUGAUGCAUUAUCCAGAGAAAUUAAACUCAGUACUGGAACAUUAUCUGGAUUCUAUUGCUAUCAAAGAAGACCACAAGUUCCAUCAUUAGAUAAAAUCGAAACCUGGGUGAAUAAAGAAGAGAAAAAUAAAGAUAAUAUUGUUAGUAGUAGUAGUAACAUCAGGAAAUUAAAAAUGCAUUAUUUAUAG